AUGUCUGAUAUCAUCAAUUGGGAAAUAGCUGAUAGACUGCGUCAACGUGCUCGUGAAGAUUUAUUUAGUUUAUUAAAAAGUAUCGGUGGACAAAAGGAUUUAUUUAUCGAUGCUGAUCUAUUUCCUUUAAUUGAUUUAACAUCGAAUGCAACUGAAAUAAAAGCAUACGGAGUCGGAAAUUUACAUAAACUUGAUUCAGCAAUAAAUGUUCAAACGAAAAACAAACGUUUAUUUUUACUAAGACCUAAUAUGGCAAGAUUUUUAGCGUUAGCAAAGCAAUUACGUCAAUUAGAUAUUCGUAAUGCUCAUCUGAUAUGUGUGCCAAGAAAGUUUUAUGCUUUUGAACAUUUACUUGAACAAGAAGGCCUUUGGGGACGAUGUACAUUACAUGAAUUAACGGCAUUCGAUAUGGUCCCUGUUGACUAUGAUAUUUUCUCAAUGGUUAAUUCGCAUUUGUUUUUGAAUGUUUAUUUGGAUCAAUCAACAGACUGGCUAUCAACAUUGGCUGCUUCAUUAAUUGAUUUUCAACGAUUGUUUGGAAAAUUUUCAAAUACAUAUUCUUUUGGAAAUUUAGCUGGACAAGUUGCAAGGCAAUUAGAAAGAGGCUUAAGUUCCAACGAUGAUCAAGAUUGGAUGUCAGGUAUGAAACAGAUUCAAACCGUCGUAUUAUUCGAUCGUAGUGUUGAUCUAAUAACACCAUUUUGUUCGCAAAUGUGCUACGAAGGUUUAGUUGAUGAAUAUUUUAAUAUCGAAGCAGGCCGUGUGAAAAUUCCUAAAACUGAAAAUGCAGAUAACUCGGGUAAACAAUUCGAUCAUAUAUCAUUAUCGACAAGAGAUGAUAUGAUGAUUGAACGAAUACGCGCAAUGCAUUUUACAAAAGUUUUUCAAGAAAUAAAAGCUGUGCUCGCGCAACAAAAUGUAUUACAAAAUGAUUUUCGUGAUAAAAUGCAAGAUGCAACAAUAAGUGAUUUAAAACAACUUGUUCAUACGGAUGUCAAAGGACAUAUAAAUGCCAAGAGACAAUUAACACGCCAUUUAGAUCUAUGUACAGAUAUAUACGAAAAGAAGAAAGCUACUGAUUUUAAAAUUCAACUUGAAAUAGAAAAGGAUAUAUUACAUUCGCAAAAUUUUGAAGACAUUGUUUCCUAUAUUCAUACAAUGAUAUGUCGUUGUGAACCAAGUAAAUAUCGGCCAUUACAAUUACUUUGUCUUUUAUCGGCAGCAAACAAUGGUCUAACACGUGAAUCCUAUGAAUUAUUAUGCCGAUCAUUUCUUCAAGCAUAUGGUUAUGAUAAUAUUCCACUGUUAUAUAAAUUAGAAAAAUUAAAUUUAUUUCAUGUUAAACGUCCAUGUGACGUGCCUAUAUCAAGUAGUGCAAGCACUCCAGCUGGUUUUCGUGGCGAUGCUUUCCUUAAAAUGGGAAAACAAGUUGCACAAAAUCUUACUGAUAAAACGCAAACACAGAAAACAUUUUUUCAAUUUAUGAGAAAAAGACUUAAUCUAACACCGGAACUCAAUCAACAAGUUAAAACAACACCCGGACCAGAUAUGGCUGACAUAUUCGGUUCAAUCUAUGUUCCAUUUUCAUGUCGAUUAAUCGAAGAAGCUUUGCUCAAUCCACCAAAAUUAUCAACACUUCAACAUGAACUUAUUCAACGUGGUUAUCCAGGUGCUGAAGAUCUUUUCUCACAUCGAUCAUCCGGUGUAUCAACUCGCGCGCAAUAUCACGAUAAUCAACAGUCAAUUCUAGUUGUUUUCAUUGGUGGUUGUACACAAUCAGAAAUAAAUGCUCUUCGAAUGUUAGCUUUAAGUAAAAGCAAUUCAAAAUGGCGAUUUUAUUUUGCACCAACAAACGUAUGGACACAUACAAGAUUGUUGCAGGAAAUCGAAACUGCACAAUAA